UUAGGAACCAUAAACCAGUUUCUCAGAAACUUCACUUUGAAAAAUUGAGAUGUGAUUGUUUUUCCUCUGUUUUCCUUCGCACAGUAAUCAAUUAAAUCAUGUUGAAUUCCUCUUUUCUUAACUGUAUCUUUGGCCCAAGGCUUUAUCGAGUCCAUGGCUCUGCUGAACUUACGGGUCGCGAUUAUCAGGCCAAAGCUAUUGAAUCACUAAGUGAUCGAAUUAUUCGCAUUGUUGCUUUCACAUGUUCUGUUGGCUUCUAUUCUUCGCCUAUUCUGCUUUUUUUCCUUCACCGUCGAGGAAUCAUUACUCUUAGUCCUAAUGUAUCAGUAUCGAAUGAAUAUGUUUCGACUGUUGUAAGACUUGGUGGUUUAAUAUCAAUUGCUGCAUUCGUUGCUUUCUUGUCUCGUGGAGUUUCCCGAAUGCGUAACAAUGAUUACGUUGAUUUUGUUAGUGUACUGAACCGUAUAAAGAAAAUGUCCCCAGAAGAGCAAAAAAAUUCAAAAUCAUUGCUACAUCAGUACGAUUUUGAUUUCGCAUACUGGCCAGUUGAUUUUAAGUGGAAUGAAUCAAAGUUUGCCAACGCUGCUAAGCCUCCAGCCCCUCUUCAGAGACGGACGAGACGUUCUGAUGAUACACUAAUGAACAAGUUAAUAGCUUUACCUUGUAAUGUAAUGACCUUUCUUGUUGCACAAACCAUUGGUCGGCGUAUGAUCUAUCCCGGGUCCGUUUCACUUCUUCAAACCUUAGUUCAUCCAGGCUUAGUUGAUGGGAGAAAACGACUCGUUGAGCGUCAUAAUGGUAGAAGAUAUAAGCUUCUCGCUCAAAAUGGUGAUGAGAUUGAUACUAUGUUUGUGGAUCGAAGAUCGAGAUCAUCAAUGGGCCAAACUCUAGUUAUUUGCUGCGAAGGAAAUGCUGGUUUUUAUGAAACUGGAAUUACUGUUACCCCUCUUCAUACUGAUUAUUCCGUACUUGGGUGGAAUCAUCCUGGUUUUGGUGGAAGCACUGGUUUGCCAUUCCCAGAGAAUGAAGUCUCUGCUGUUGAUGUUGUCGUUAAAUUUGCCAUCGAUAAACUGGGUUUCAGUGAAAAGUCUAUAAUUAUAAUGGGAUGGUCGAUUGGAGGUUAUACGGCUUCAUGGGCAGCAAUGACCUAUCCAGAUAUCAAAGGGCUUAUCUUGGAUGCAUGUUUUGAUGAUAUAAGUCCUUUGGCACUCGCGAAAAUGCCUUCGCUGUGGACACCUCUUGUUAUUCCUUUAGUUAAAAAUUAUUUCAAUUUGAAUGUUUCUGCCCAUUUAGAUCGGUAUUCAGGUCCAGUUUUAAUCAUACGUCGUACUCAAGAUGAGAUAAUCAACACAAGUGAAGAUGAACCAACAAAAACAAACAGAGCUAACGAUAUUCUGUUUAAACUAUUCAAAGCAAGAUUUCCUAUUCUCAUGGAGGAUGAGAAAGUCUGUGAAACAUUAGAACAAUGGUUAUCAGGAGGCCUUGAAAACCAAAGACUUAUCAGUCGUAACAAAAACGUUGAUCCUGCAUCUUGCAUGUCCGUCCUCAAAUCAUUUAUUAAGGAAGAUGAAGAAAAUAGGUCUCAAUAUCCUCUAAUGGUCGGUGAAAAUUUGGAAGUUAGCCAAAAGAUUCAGCUUUCUUUAUUCCUUGCAUCCAAACAUUUUGUUGACUUUAACGAACAGCACUGUGCUCCUUUACCAACUCAAAUAUUUUCCGAACCAUGGAAUUUAUUCAAUGCUGUUAAAAAUAGUAGCUCGCUGUGAUCAACGCAUACAAAUCAAUUCAAUCGUACAAUGGAUAAAAACUUGAAUCGACUUCCUUUUUUAGGAUUUUUAACAUCUAAUCACUAUUGUUCUCAGUAUUUUGAUCCAAUGUACAUGCUCCCCGGUUGAGGCACGAUGACCGGGUAUUGUAGGCUAUUUUUCUUCAUUUUGUUUUCUUCUUUUAUUUUGUAAAUUGUUUCCAAAAUAUCCAAAACAAAGGCUGAUUCGCUUCUCACCAAAAAAAUGUCUUUGUUACUUUAAUACUCUGAAUGCAUUUGCCUAAUUAAUGUAUCUUCAUUUAAUCCUUCUUAAAGAAGGGAUAUCUUUAUUUAUCAAUGUCAAUUUUACCUGCUUCUACUUAUCUUCUUCUAUGAAACUUCGGUUAACUGAAAGAAUGAUAGUCUUUCUUCUAGAUAUAUUGUUCCAAUUAUUUCCAAUUACAAGAAGAAUGAGCAUAAUACUGUAUUUCCAUGGAACAAAAAAAGUUCUUACUUCAGUGAAACUAAGAAAAUAGAGGAA